GGGGGGGGGAGGGAGAUUUCUGCAUGUCUUCCUCGAUAAUCCCAGUUUCAAGGAUUCCGUAUAAUCUCCGGUGCGACGACAACGAGCCGCAGUCAGGAGCCGCCCCGUAACCUCUCCAGGCUCCGGGGGGCGCAGCGCGUCAGUGUGCCCUGAUGGAGCGAUUACUCCCGCGCUCAAUUUGGAUACCGUUUCUGGGCUUCUCAUCAAUACCGGUCCUCCUGUUUCGGUAAACAGAGAGAGGGAUUUUUUUUUUUUAAAAGGACGGGAAAGACGGAAGCACGGGAAAGACACGUGGGUUCCCGAGGCGCACCGUCGGACCCGGUGUUGAUGCGCGCAGAUUUUCCCAAUUCAUCCGCUUAUUUUCUCUCUGUGUGUGUAACGAACUCUGAUACCUGACAGAGUUGAGCUGGAAACAUGUCCAAGAGGGAGACGUCCAGCCGGAGUGCUGCGAACACAGGGAUGCUCCUGGUCGGAUAUCCGCUUUGGGUUUAGGAGAUCUCUCGGAUAUCAGACCUCAGCGGAGACGCAGCGGCGGCUCUGGAGUUCCAGAGAGCGGAGGAGAAGCACAUCUUAUAUUUACGGAUUACCGGCCUUUUUUUCUUUCUUCUUCUCCUGAAACACCGACGCGCUCUUCUUUGAUGUCUGAAAAGACCGUUGCGUUGCCAUGACGAGCGAGGAGGAGGAGGGCCCCAGCGUUGCAACACCGUCGGCGGCGGCAAUCUCCGAUGGCGCCGCCGCCGUCACUUCCUCCUCCCCCCGCAGGCCCUCCCCGCAGCGCGAGAAAAAGGAGGAGGAAGAGGAGGACAUAGAGGAGGAAGGGAUUCUUCAGGAAGAGAGGAUCGAGGAGGACGUGGUGGAGUGUGACGGGGACGAUGGAGACGACGACGACAGCAGCGACACCAGUGUGUUAGUGGUGCCAUACCCGGAGCUGGCACCCGUGGUCUUCUUCUGCCUCAAGCAGACAACAUGUCCUCGCAGCUGUUGCAUCCGCAUGGUCACCAGCCCGUGGUUCGAACGCGUGAGCAUGAUGGUGAUCCUGUUGAACUGCGUGACUCUGGGGAUGUACCAGCCCUGUGAGAACAUCGACUGCACAUCGGACAGAUGCCAGAUACUACAGGCUUUUGAUGCAUUCAUCUACGUCUUCUUCGCUAUGGAGAUGGUUAUAAAGAUGGUCGCGCUGGGGAUCUUCGGACGACACUGUUACCUCGGGGACACGUGGAACCGACUGGAUUUCUUCAUCGUCAUGGCAGGGAUUGUCGAAUACUCGCUGGACCUGCAGAACGUCAACUUCACCGCCAUCAGGACAGUGAGGGUCCUGCGGCCCCUUAAGGCAAUUAACAGGGUGCCAAGCAUGCGCAUCCUCGUCAACCUGCUGCUGGACACUCUGCCCAUGCUGGGCAACGUCCUCCUCCUCUGCUUCUUCGUCUUCUUCAUCUUCGGCAUCAUCGGCGUGCAGCUGUGGGCGGGGCUUCUGAGGAACCGCUGCUACCCGAAGGAGAACUUCACACUCACCACGGGCAUCGGUCUGCCUCGGCCCUACUACAUGGCCGACGAGGACGACGAGCGGCCCUUCAUCUGCUCCCUGCCGGUCGACAACGGCAUCAUGUCGUGCUCCGACGUCCCGGCCCGCCGCGAGGGCGGCAGGACGUGCUGCCUGGACAAAGACGACGCCCUGUACCGCCAGUCGCUGGGCCUGAGCCCGGAGCCCCUGGCCAACGGCAGCGUCAGCGUGGCGGGCCUCUGUGUCAACUGGAACCAGUACUACACCAGGUGUCACACUGGGCACGGAAACCCCCACAAAGGAGCCAUCAACUUUGACAACAUCGCCUACGCCUGGAUCGUCAUCUUCCAGGUGAUCACUCUGGAGGGCUGGGUGGAGAUCAUGUACUACGUGAUGGAUGCUCACUCCUUCUACAACUUCAUCUACUUCAUUCUGCUGAUCAUUAUCGGUUCCUUCUUCAUGAUCAACCUGUGCCUCGUGGUCAUCGCCACCCAGUUCUCCGAGACCAAGCAGAGGGAGCACCAGCUGAUGCAGGAGCAGCGAGCGCGCUGCUCGUCCUCCUCCACCCUGGCCAGUGAACCUGGCGACUGCUACGAGGCGCUCUUCCAGCUCGUCUGCCACAUCCUGCGCAAGACCAAGAGGCAAGCGGUCGCCCUUUUCAACGCCCUGCGGGGGAAACCCCGCGGCUUCCGGGGCGUCGGGCGCGGCAGAGGAAGAGGGGAGGCGAGGGAGAGGAAGGCCAACGGGCGGGAAGGACGCGAGAGGAGAGCAGCGAUGAGGCGCGGUCCACCCUGUCCCCACCGUAAUAAACCCGACCACGCCUCGCCUGUGGCCCUCAACACCACCGGCGGCUGCCCGCAGUGCGCCACGGCCCUGUCGCUCUCCGACGGCGUGGGACCGGCUCGCGGUGCGGGAAUAGACGAAGCAGACGAGGGAGCUGUGGAGGAAACGGACAGUAGUAAGGAGGAGAAGGGCCACGCGGGGUGCAGUCCAAAGAAGCGAUGCAAGGAGCUGUGGCACGGCAUAAGGGCGAAGCUGUGGGGAAUCGUGGAGAGCAAGUACUUCAACCGAGGCAUCAUGAUCGCCAUCCUGAUCAACACCAUCAGCAUGGGCAUCGAGCACCACGAGCAGCCGGACGAGCUCACUAAUGUUCUGGAGAUCUGCAACAUCGUCUUCACCAGCAUGUUCUCUCUGGAGAUGAUCCUCAAGCUCACUGCAUUCGGCUCCUUCAGCUACCUGAGAAACCCCUACAACGUGUUCGAUGGAAUCAUUGUCAUCAUAAGCGUGUGCGAGAUCGUCGGCCAGUCCGACGGCGGUUUGUCUGUCCUGAGGACCUUCAGGCUGCUGAGGGUGCUGAAGCUGGUUAGGUUCAUGCCAGCUCUGAGGAGACAGCUGGUGGUCCUCAUGAAGACCAUGGACAAUGUGGCCACUUUCUGCAUGCUCCUCAUGCUCUUCAUCUUCAUCUUCAGUAUCUUGGGGAUGCAUAUCUUUGGCUGUAAGUUCAGCCUCAAGACGGAGACCGGCGACACGGUGCCAGACAGGAAGAACUUUGACUCGCUGCUCUGGGCCAUUGUCACUGUUUUCCAGAUUCUGACCCAGGAGGACUGGAACACGGUUUUGUACAAUGGAAUGGCAGCCACCUCCCCACUAGCUGCUCUGUACUUCGUGGCCCUCAUGACCUUUGGAAACUACGUCCUCUUCAACCUGCUGGUUGCCAUCUUGGUUGAAGGCUUUCAGGCAGAGGGUGAUGCCAAUCGCACUUAUUCGGAUGACGAAUCCAACUUUGACGAGAGCGAGAAACACGACUCCAUAAAGUUGUCUGACCCACGGAUCUGCACGCUGACGCCCAACGGCCACCUGGAGCUGGGGGCCCUUUCGGGGCCCAGGAGUUCCUACUCCUCAGAGAGGCGGAGCUUCACCAUAGAGUCCAGGAAGAGCAGCGUGAUGAGCCUGGGCAAGGGCAGCCUGGAGAGACGCUCCCUCUCUCUGCGUCAUGCCCGCAGUCCCAACUACCACAACUGGGGGCGCCCUUUCCUCCCACAGUCCACAUGGAGCCGCAGGUCUAGCUCCAACAGUCUGGGCCGGAGGAGCUACGGGUUUGGUGGAGCUCCUCUGGUGGGAGGCAGCCUGCGUGUGCACGGCACCCGCUCCCCCUACUCCUGCACCUACGCUGCCGAGCAGGAGUCCCUUUUGUCCCACCCGCCCCACUCCCAUCAUCCUCAUCACCCGCCUCCGCCCCCGCUGCUCCUCUCCAGACACUUCGCUGCCAGGAGGGAUCGACGGGCUCUUUCCCUGGAGCACCCGGAGCUGCUUCGGGCGUCGGGCGGGCAGCCGCCGGGCCCACCCCCAGUCCAACCAGACCCAGGGAGGAGGAGUGGGUCCGGGGCAGGGGGAUCCAUCACCGGGGGGUCGGGUUUAGGAGCAGACCACCGGGAUUGUAACGGCAAGACGCCGGGUCCCCACACUCAGCUGAUGGCGGAGGUUUUCCCUCAAGUCAACGCACGCAAGGACAGAGCAGACCUCGACGAAGAGACGGAUUAUAGUCUGUGCUUCCGCGUCCAGAAGAUGAUGGAGGUGUACAAGCCGGACUGGUGUGAAACCAGAGAGCAGUGGUCCGUCUACAUGUUCUCCCCUCAGAACAAGGCUCACCUAGUGGUGUCCAUGGGUCUGUACCUGGGAGAGAAGGCCUAUCUGAGGAGCAGCUGGAACAUUCUGGACGGCUUCCUCGUGUUCGUGUCUCUCACUGACAUUGUGGUGUCGAUGGCCGGCGGGGCGAAGAUCCUCGGGGUUCUCCGAGUUCUCAGGCUGCUCAGGACGCUACGCCCCCUCAGGGUGAUCAGCAGAGCUCCAGGGCUGAAGCUCGUGGUCGAGACCCUCAUCACGUCCCUCAAGCCCAUCGGCAACAUCGUCCUCAUCUGCUGCGCCUUCUUCAUCAUCUUUGGUAUUCUCGGAGUUCAGCUCUUCAAAGGGAAGUUCUUCUACUGCGCCGGUUUCGAUGUGAAGAACAUCACCAACAAGUCCGACUGUCUGGCUGCCAACUACCGAUGGGUUCACCACAAAUACAACUUCGACAACCUCGGACAGGCUCUGAUGUCCCUGUUUGUGCUGGCCUCAAAAGACGGCUGGGUCAACAUCAUGUACCACGGACUGGACGCCGUGGGGAUCGACCAGCAGCCGCUGACCAACAACAGUCCGUGGAUGCUGCUCUACUUCAUCUCCUUCCUCCUGAUCGUCAGCUUCUUCGUCCUCAACAUGUUCGUCGGCGUCGUGGUGGAGAACUUCCACAAGUGUCGGCAGCACCAGGAGGUGGAGGAGGCCAAGCGGCGGGAGGAGAAACGCCAGCGUCGCAUGGAGAAGAAGAGGAGAAAGGCCCAGAAGCUGCCCUACUACGCAUCAUACGGCAGAACCCGGCUGGCCAUCCACACCCUGUGCACCAGCCACUACCUGGACCUCGUCAUCACCUGCAUCAUCUGCAUCAAUGUCAUCACCAUGUCUCUGGAGCACUACAACCAGCCACAGUCUCUGGAGACGACUCUGAAGUACUGCAACUACUUCUUCACCUCCACCUUUGUGAUCGAGACCUCUCUGAAGCUGGUGGCCUUUGGUUUCAGACGCUUCUUCAAGGACAGGUGGAACCAGUUGGACCUGGCCAUUGUUCUGCUGUCAGUGAUGGGCAUCACGCUAGAGGAGAUUGAGAUCAACGCCUCCCUCCCCAUCAACCCCACCAUCAUCAGGAUCAUGAGGGUGCUCCGGAUAGCACGAGGUACACACACACACACACUCUCAAAGACACAGUUAAUCUCCCUGAGUAAAGGUGAGGAUGAUGUUCUUAUAUUUCAAUCGUUCAGUCGCUCUCCUUUCUCAUUCUGAUCUUAUUAUUCAGAAUAACUUAAAGCUCUCUGGGCUGCAGCGAUUCCUCUCAACUUCACUCGCCGAGGAGGAUAACGUCUAAUUACAUCACUCUCACUUAAUCCUCGCCCUCUUCCCAUCGCCCUCUGCCCUCCUUAACGCUGCCCAGGGACCGCUGAGUGCACCCAUGGGUGAUAUGCUAAUCAAACAGCGGGUGAUUAACAGUCGAGUGGGGUAUCGGAUGAUGUCUGUGAGGGCGACUGGUGACUUUUAGUGUUUCAUUUGUGUUUCUCCAUCGUUGACUUCUUCAACGGAUAGCUGAAUGUUAAAGACACAACGGAGAGAAGGACGUUAGCGUGUUAGAGAGCUUUGUGUGGUCGGAAGACUAGAAAGGCGUGAUAUAAGUACAGUCCGUUUACCAUUUGUUGUUGUUUUUGCAUAAAUAACACAAAACUAUUUCAUCCGCCAUGAAAAGUUGAAUUGAAAUUUUUUAUUUUUUUUUUAAAUUGACAGUUUAGUAAAACAUAAUGAUUUGGCUGAAAAUACGUAUGUUUGUUAUGUUAGUUAGGUUAUGUAUACAACAUUAAACAUUUGAAUAUAACGUUGGAGUUAUAGUCAACACAGGACAUAAACAGCAGUCUGCUUGGUAGAUCCAUCCUUCUGCUCCUACCUUUGAUCGUACUGCAGAUUGAAUUGAUGAUUAAAAACCGAAUAAAACAAUAAAACUUAUUUUAGGCGAACGAAAUGUUAAAAUCAACUUUCCUGAAGAGAAAACACACUGUGGGGAAGGUUAAAUUUGUAAGAC